AUGACGAUGAUUUUAUUAUUACUUAUACUUUCUUCGAGACAAAUCCUUCGCGCAAAUAGUCAGAAUAAUGAUAAUCCUUAUUACGGAGUACCACUCGGAGCUCUUCAUUACAGUGAUGGUAAUACACGAGCGGAAGCUUAUGCCGCUAAUGAAUAUACCGUCAUUUUUCAUCGUUUCACGCAUCGACCACGUCAACCUGGAUGUACUUCGAUAAUAAUUGGACCACCACGAGCGACUGAUCGUAAUAUAGCUGUUGGUGGUGUUUUCUUGUCAAUCUCACAACCUAUGGUAGCAUCUCAAUCCACUACUAGAAGGCGAUUUACCCGUCAAGUUCCUUUCUCUAUUUUUGGAAUGCGUAAUUGGCCAGUUGAAUUUGAUCAUCUUGAACUUCGAAAAGAUAGUAGAGAGCCGAUACCGAGCCAGCAAAAAGAUCCAUUUGCGGGGAUUGAAAUCGAUGUAAAUUCAUCAGAGGAUGUUACCCCUAAAACGAAAGACAUUCAUAUUGAGGGAAUCAGAGCUCUUGAAGCUGUAGAUUCAUCAACAGUAUCAACAACAACAAAUAUCUUUGAUGGUGGUGAGGUAUCCGUGAAAAUUCAAGGUGAAAUUGAACAAUCGAAUUCCACCACCGAAACCAUCAUUACAAAUACAGAUACAACAAAUUUACACACUGACUCUAAAUUUGGAGGUGAUGACAGAAUAGAGAGUACAAUAUUUGCGAAUGAUGUUUUCAAAAUUGAGGAUGUUAUCAAAGACGAUGGUAACAAUGAGAGAUUAACAAAUGAUGGAAUUUUCCCGUAUGAACGAAAUGCAUAUCCACUUAAGCAGGGAAAAUUAUUGUCGCAUUAUGAAAAGAUGGCUGAGAAAUCGAGCAAAUUUGACCGAAAAGACAAAGGAUUUCCAGUUAUGCUUGGUCAAGCUAAGCCUGAAAAAUGGUUUAAAAAAUCGUCACAGCAAUUAAGUGCGGAAAAGCGAAUUAAAGAUAAUGAUGAUGAGUUAGCCACUGGUGAUUUUUCAUUAUCGGAUAGAAUUGUCGAAACAGAUGAAGGUGUUGUAUUCACAUCAACUCAAAAUGCUGCAAUUACCACAACAUUAUCAUUCAGAGAAUCGACACCAUUAUACUGGGUUAUUCAAGAUCCUAGGCUGAAAAAACGAAGACGUAUGGAACUUCGAAAAAAGAACAAAUACGAAAAUAAGUUGGAUGAUAGAGCAGUGACGACAGUUGCAACAACUAAGUCUCGUUUCAAGGUACAGGUCGAUCAUCGUUUUGAGUUACCAUUAAUUGAGGAUAAGACGGUGGUAUUUUCGAUUACAAACGAUGCAAAAAUAACGGAAUAUCAAUGGAUUGCUUUACGUGAUCACUGUUCUCAGAGAACGAUUCCUCUCUUAUCACUGAAAGGAAUCGAUCCACCGCAUGAGGAAAAAAUUGGUGCAUUAUUGGGUCAAUCUCAUAACGUUACAUCACAUCGUGUUCAAAUUUUGAAUUGUAAUACAAUCUUUAUACCAGGUUUUGUAUUCAAUCAAGGAAAUGACCCACCAGAAACAUAUUUCUACGCAGGUAUUGGACAUUUUCCGGACAGAAUCGAAAAACAAGUACGCGCCUAUGUUGUUGGACAACCACCCGAUCAACCGUUAAGAAAUUAUAAUGGUGAAAAUGUGAUGAUACGCUUACCGAAGACGUACCGUACGUUUGAUAUUGACUUCAUUUCGGUAUUCAAUGAAAUAGAGAGACGCUCUUAUGGACACGUUAUUACGCCCAACUUACUUGUACCACCGUGUAAUGAUUAUGAUGUUAUCUAG